GAAGACGAAUCAGAAUCGCUCUGCCCCCCCACAAGCCACCUUCGUCGCAACAUGCAUCACCGGCGACCUACACGCCAACGACAUCGGAGGCUGAACAGCACGAACGCCGUUCCCGAUUCCCAUAAGGUCCAAAUAAUACACAGGACGCGCCAUCAGGAUCUGGUAACACACGCCUCCUCUUCCGCCAAGUCUAAGCUCAAGCUGCGGCAGAACAAUAUCAGAAGUCGCCGGUGUAGCUGCCGGAGGUGAAGCGCAAUAGAGGGUGCUGGUCUGGCUUGGGCUACGCUCAAAACCGCCGACGGAAACGUUCUCGCUCAGCUCGAUAAAGUUAGGAAAAUUAGUCUUGGCUUUAGCACCACGAAAUUCACGCGCCGCCUUAUCAUAUGCACGCGCCGCCGCCUCGGUGGUAUCGAAGGUUCCAAGCCAGACACGUGUUUUCUUGCCCGGACCUCGGACCUCAGUGGCGUAACGACCCCAAGGACGCUUCCUAACGCCUCUGUAACGAAUCUCCAUGGCGUUACUGUGAACCGGUUCAGGUUUCAAACCCAUCUUGACCAUAACUAAAAAUUGGAUAGAGAGAGAGUGGUGGUGGUGGUGUGAUAAUUGAAGGUGGAAGAGACAGGAAAGAUGGUAGUUUAUAUAAGGUUAUGUGAAUCUGAACAUGGUAAUUAGCAGGCUCAUUGCUGAGCUUGGGAAGAGGAACACAACAUGUCUUUUGCAUAUGAUCGUGUUCCUCUGCUAGCUAUGUUAGAUGAGUACAGUAUGCUUACUGCUUAGGCAAGAACGAGAAUACGAGAAACGGAGGCUGAGGGAACAAAAGAAAGUUCAAGAACAGCCACACGUGGAGCAAGACACUGCCUUCAGCACCAGGCCAAGCCCUGCGAGACCGGUGAGUGCAAAGAAACCGGUGGGGGCACGAGCUAGCAACGGAGGAGCCAAUGGAAGGCCAAACCGGCGUCUGUCUUUGAAUGCAAACCAGAACGGAAGCAGGUCUGUUGCAAAGGAAGGAGGGAGAAGUGUGUUUGGUGUAUUAUAGGAUGACGGGAAUUUUAUUCUUGAGCUUGAUGUUGGAAUGAAAAAUGGCUGCAUUGACCUUGGUUUUGAGGACCAACCAGACACUGUCACAUUCUCUGAAGGUUAUCAAGAUAUCAGUAGGAGUGGCAUCAAACAGGAGGGCUGUGAAUCUGGAGUUUGGCACUAUAAUAUAAGGAUGCGGCCAAAUGUGACAGCGCCACCAUGAUCAUGAGUCUCAAGGCCACUAUUCAGUCCUCUUGGCCUGUUUUAGAAGCAGCACGGGCUCGAAUGGUCUGAUUGACCAGUUAAAUCUUUGCAGAGUGCUUUCUUUGUUUGGACAACUCCAUCUACCUUCUCUGCAGAGUCAAAGAGUAAUAACAUUGAUUGUAGGGAAGGAGACAAAGUGGAGAAUAUGAAGAGUUGGUAAACGUACUUGCAUAACCUGUUCAUAGAUGAGACGAAGCUCAAGACCAAUAAAGAAUCCACCAUCCGCUGUGUUUUGUGCUUCCAGAUGUGGUUUAACCGCAACUCUAAAUCUCCCAAACCCGGAGCUGUCGUUGAAGAACAAAGCGGUGAGGGCCGUUUGAUUUCGCGGUUAUCUCUGCCAUUGACGCUUGCGAUUAUAUAUAGGGUAUCAAGCCUGGGGAAUCGAGUAAGUUUCAUCCGUUGGGUUGAUGUAGUUAAGGUUGAUGCUUUAUGACUGAAUGUGGUGGGAGAGAGACCUUAAAGUGGUGAAUCUAUGCAACUUGGUUUGGGGUUAGGGGUGAAAGAUUAAUUGGGCUGAGGCUGCCGUGAGAUGGGCUUCGAGUAAGUUAAUUGAAGUUGUUGCUCUUGAUUCAGAUGUUCCUUGGUAGUUACGUGGGUUGGUGUUUGAACAAGAAAAGUAACAUAUGCCACACACAACAAAACUGUCUAUGUGAUGUGUAUAUAAGGCAUAAGUGUAUGUAUAUUACAGGAAUAAAGUGGAAACUCAGUGAUAUGUUUUUUUUUUUCAAAUAGAUUAGGGGUCUGGAUGUACAUUUUUGUGUUAUCAACUUUUAUGUACAUAUACUAAUGGCAUUUUCAUAUAUUCUUAUUAGUUAUCAACU